CAAAGUCUUCUUUCAGUGAAGGCUCCAACAUUAAUCCCAAAACCCGGUGCAAAGUCUAAACUGCUCUCCGCUCCCCACCCCACAGCCGGAGAAACGAGAGGGAAGGUAACAGCUUCCGGCGAUGGCACACCGCACGGACGGGUUACCGGUGGAUCCUCGGAGCGGCUUCUGCCCCUCCAACUCCAUCUUCUACAGCAAGCGCAAGCCCGUCCCCCUCCCCUCCGAUCCCCACCUCGACGUCACCACCUUCCUCUCCUCCCGCCGCCACUCCGGCACCACCGCCCUUAUCGACGCCGCCACCGGCCGCCGCGUCUCCUUCCCGGCCCUCUGGCGCUCCGUCGCCGCCCUCGCCUCCGCCCUCUCCUCCCGCCUCUCCGUCCGCAAGGGCGACGUCGUCCUCCUCCUCUCCCCCAACUCCUUGCACUUCCCCGUCGUCUCCCUCGCCGUCAUGUCCCUCGGCGCCGUCCUCACCACCACCAACCCCCUAAACACCCCACAAGAAAUCGCCAAGCAAAUCUCCGAUUCCGACCCGAUCCUGGCUUUCGUCAUCCGGCCCCUCGUCGGAAAACUCCCCCGCGACCGCGAUUUCCCCAUCGUCCUCCUCGAGGACUGCCGGAUCGCCGGCGACGAUGCCCGCAUCCGCUACACGAUCGAGGAAUUGACGGCGAUGGAGCCCGAUCUCAGGCGCCGGCGGGAGCCGGUGAGCCAGGACGACACGGCAACGCUUCUGUACUCCUCCGGGACCACCGGGACCAGCAAAGGCGUGGUGGCGACCCACCGGAAUCUGAUUUCGAUGGUCCAGAUCAUCCUUAACCGGUUCAAGCUGGAGGAGGGCGGUGGCGAGCCGGAGACGUUCAUCUGCACCGUCCCGAUGUUCCACGUCUACGGCCUGGCGGCGUUCGCGACGGGGCUGCUGGGAUCGGGAUCCACGGUGGUGAUCUUAUCAAAAUUCGAGAUGGGGGAGAUGAUCCGGGCGAUCAGGGAGUACGGGGCGACGUAUCUGCCGCUGGUGCCGCCGAUCCUGGUGGCGAUGUUGAAUCAGGCGGCGCCGCUGCCGUUGGGGCGGCUCCGACGGGUGCUGUCUGGCGGGGCGCCGCUGGGGAGGGAGGUGAUCGAGGGGUUCCGGGAGAAGUAUCCGGCGGUGGAGAUUUUGCAGGGGUAUGGGCUGACGGAGAGCACGGGGAUCGGGGCGUCCACGGACUCGGCGGAGGAGAGCCGACGGUUCGGGACGGCGGGGCUGCUGUCGCCCAACACGGAGGCCAGGAUUGUGGAUCCGGACACCGGUGUGUCCUUGCCGGUCAAACGCACCGGGGAGCUCUGGAUCCGGGGUCCCUACGUCAUGAAAGGUUAUUUCAAGAAUCCAGAAGCGACGAGCUCGACAUUGGACUCAGAGGGGUGGCUGAGGACGGGAGAUAUUUGCUACAUUGAUGAGGACGGUUUUCUCUUCGUGGUGGACCGACUCAAGGAGCUCAUCAAAUACAAGGGAUACCAGGUGCCCCCUGCGGAGUUGGAGGCACUGUUGCUGAGCCACCCUGAGAUCACCGAUGCCGCCGUGAUCCCGUUCCCGGACAGGGAAGUGGGCCAGUUCCCAAUGGCAUACGUGGUGAGGAAGGCUGGGAGCCACUUGUCCGAGACUGGAGUGAUGGAGUUCGUGGCAAAGCAGGUGGCUCCUUACAAGAGGAUUCGGAAGGUGGCGUUUGUAUCAGCCAUUCCCAAGAAUCCAUCCGGGAAGAUAUUAAGGAAGGAUCUCAUCAAGCUUGCCACUUCCAAGCUUUGAUGGCCAUUUUGGCUGAGAGCACGUUGUUGUACGUUCUGUGGGAGAAGAAGAUGACAUGAGUGAGUGGCGGCCGUAUUAGAUGGCUAUCCAAGCUUGCCACUUCCAAGCUUAAAUGGUGCAUGCACUUUUUUAUUUUUUAAGGAUGAUAAAAGAUGGCACUUCGGAGAGGAUUUGUUAAGCUCAGUAUGUAUUGGAAGAAACAAAAGUGCUGAAGUAAUGUUGCUCAGGCAAAUAAAUCCUAAAAAAAUCAAGGUGGGCGCCUACUGGGGUAGGAGCUUUUCUGUGAGUGGGAUCUAGAUUUGUCAUUUGAAUGAGCAUUUCUGUGAGCAUAUAUAUUUCUAUUAGUAAAGAAGCCGUGCAUAAGAACAUGUUUAGAGCUUGAA